CAAAGUUCUGUUUUUUGCUAUAAACACUUCAUUUGGUUCACCACCCAAAGCCAGAAGUGACUUGUGGAGGAAAAAAAGCAAAUGGAUAAGCUGAAAGAUGCAGCAAUUACUGUUAGUAAAGUAAGUGGGAAUUUGGUGUUUGCAGUGAAUGGCGAGAGGUUUGAGCUCCCAAGUGCUGACCCUUCCACCACUUUGCUCCACUUCUUGCGCUCCCACACGCGUUUCAAGAGUCCCAAACUUGGCUGUGGUGAAGGUGGUUGUGGUGCAUGUGUUGUCCUUCUGUCAAAAUAUGACCCUCUGAGCGAACGAGUUGAAAGUUAUACGGUUAGUUCUUGUCUUACGCUUCUUUGCAGUAUAAAUGGCUGUUCAGUUACAACGAGCGAGGGCUUUGGAAACAACAAGGAUGGUUUCCACCCGAUUCAUCAAAGGUUUGCCGGUUUCCAUGCUUCUCAAUGUGGCUACUGCACUCCUGGGAUGUGCGUUUCUUUGUUCUCGGCUCUUGUCAAUGCUGACAAGCUUAAUCGGCCAGAACCCCCACCGGGAUUCUCCAAGCUGACUGCCUCUGAAGCUGAAAGGGCUAUAGCGGGGAAUCUUUGUCGUUGUACUGGAUAUCGGCCUAUAGCUGAUGCCUGCAAAAGUUUUGCAGCUGAUAUCGAUAUCGAGGAUUUGGGGUUUAAUUCCUUUUGGAGAAAGGGUGAUAACCCGGAGGCGAAAGUAAGUAAAUUGCCUUUUUAUGAUCCAAGUAGCGAUAUUUGUACCUAUCCCGAGUUUUUAAAAACAGAAUGCAAGUCUACAGUUCAUCUCGAUUCUGAAAGAUAUCCUUGGAACACUCCCGUUAGUUUGGAGGAGCUCCAAGGCUUGUUGGGCUCUUAUAUGGCGGAAAAUGGUACAAGUGUUAAGCUCGUUGUAGGUAAUACAGGGAUGGGCUAUUAUAAAGAACUUGAAGGAUAUGACAAAUACAUUGACCUUAGGUAUAUCCCCGAACUAUCAUUAAUUAAAAGAGACCACUCGGGAAUUGAAGUUGGAGCUGCAGUUACUAUCUCUAAACUUAUUUCGAACCUGAAGGAGGGAAAUAAAAUCAAUUCGGGCUCAUCUGGUGAGCUUGUCUCUGAAAAAAUUGCUGACCAUUUGGAGAAAAUUGCUUCGGGUUUCGUUAGAAACUCGGCUAGCAUUGGGGGAAACUUGGUCAUGGCACAGAAGAAUCAGUUUCCUUCCGAUAUAGCUACGUUGCUUCUUGCCGUGGGCUCAAGUGUUACUAUAAUGAUAGGUCAGAGAUGCGAGAAACUCACAUUGGAGAAGUUCCUUGAAAGGCCAGCAUUAGACUCGAGAACUGUGCUACUGAGUGUGUGGGUCCCAUUUCGGACACCGAAAUCCAAAUUGCUGUUUGAAACUUAUCGAGCUGCACCUAGACCCCUCGGAAAUGCAUUGCCAUAUGUGAAUGCUGCCUUCUUGGCCGACGUUUCUCCCACCGAAAAUGGAUAUCUGGUCAAUUAUGUCAAGUUGGCUUUUGGGGCUUUUGGAACCAAACAUGCAAUACGGGCAACAAAGGUCGAGGAUUAUCUAACCGGGAAUAUAUUAAGUGCCAAUGUUUUGUACGAAGCACUUAAACUAGUAAAGGCAACUGUGGUGCCUGAACCUGGCACAUCUCAUUCCGAGUACCGGUCAAGCUUAGCUGCCAGUUUCAUUUUCAAAUUCUUUCAUGGCUUCAUUGGUGUUGAUCCCACAAUUUCUCGUGGUUUACCUGCUAAUAUCACUACUUUUAUAGAGGAGAACUCCAAAGUAAGUAACGAUAAUUACUUUUGCCCGAGUGAAAAGCGGGCAUUGCUAUCCUCUGCAAAGCAGGUUGUGGAGUUCAAUAAAGAGUACUAUCCCGUGGGUGAACCAAUAAUAAAAGCUGGAGCUGCCAUACAAGCUUCUGGUGAAGCUGUUUAUGUAGACGACCUUCCAUCUCCACCAAACUGCUUAUAUGGGGCGUUUAUUUAUAGUACACAACCUUUAGCACGGGUAAAGGGAAUUAAAUUUGAGUCUAAUUCACUGCCAAAUGGAGUUGUUGAUGUUAUCACUUUCAAAGAUAUUCCAACUGGAGGGCAGAAUGUCGGGUCUAAAACCCUGUUUGGCACCGAACCUCUAUUUGCUGAUGAUCUUACCAGAUGUGCGGGUGACCGAAUUGCUUUUGUGGUUGCAGACAGUCAGAGACACGCAAAUGCAGCAGCAAGCAUUGCUAUAGUUGAAUAUGAUACAGAAAAUUUAGAUCCUCCUAUCUUAACUGUUGAGGAUGCGGUUAAGAAAUCGAGCUUUUUUGAAGUCCCGCCAUUUCUAUACCCAAAAAAUGUUGGUGAUUUCUCGAAAGGAAUGGCUGAAGCAGACCACAAGGUUCUCUCAGCAAAGAUUAGUCUUGGGUCACAGUACUACUUCUAUAUGGAGACACAGACUUCUCUAUCGGUUCCCGAUGAAGACAACUGCAUGCUUGUAUAUAGUUCAAGUCAGUGCCCCGAGUUUGCACAGAGCGUGAUUGCCAGUUGUCUCGGUGUUCCUGAGCAUAAUAUUCGCGUGAUUACAAGAAGGGUUGGAGGAGGGUUCGGUGGCAAGGCAAUCAGAGCAAUGCCCGUCUCCACAGCGUGUGCGCUUGCUGCUAACAAAUUGCAGCGCCCCGUCAGGAUAUACCUUGACCGAAAGACGGACAUGAUCAUGGCGGGUGGGAGGCAUCCUAUGAACGUAACUUACAGUGUCGGGUUCAUGUCGAGUGGAAAGAUAACAGCUUUACACCUCGAUAUACUGAUAGAUGCCGGGAUAAGUGUAGAUAUAAGCCCGAUUAUACCGAGUAACUUGAUUGGGGUACUUAAAAAAUAUGAUUGGGGCGCCUUAUCUCUUGAUGUGAAGGUGUGCAAGACGAAUCAUUUUAGCAAGUCAGCAAUGCGGGGACCUGGCGAGGUACAAGGAUCGUUUAUUGCUGAGGCGGUAAUGGAACAUGUGGCGUCUGUACUCUCGAUGGAAGUGGAUUGUGUCCGAAGCAAAAACCUACACACUUUCGAGAGUCUUAGUGUAUUCUAUGGAAAUAUUGCGGGUGAAUUGGUAGAUUAUACUUUGCCUGCUAUUAUGGACAAGCUCGCUAUAUCUUCAAACUUGUUAGAAAGAACUAAGAUGAUCGAGCAGUUCAACGAGAAAAACGUGUGGAAGAAACGGGGUAUUUCUAGGGUUCCGGUUGUGAUUCACCUUAUGCAUAGACCAACUCCCGCAAAAGUAAGCAUAUUGAUGGAUGGGUCUAUCGUUGUAGAGGUCGGAGGGAUUGAAUUGGGACAAGGGCUCUACACGAAGGUAAAACAGAUGGCUGCCUAUGGUCUCGGUUUGAUUCAAUGUAAUCAAACUCAAGACCUCGUGGACAAAGUGCGGGUCAUACAAUCGGACACCUUGAGCUUAGUACAAGGCGGGUUUACCGCUGGAAGUACUACAUCAGAAUCGAGCUGCGAAGCCGUAAGGCUUUGCUGCAAUGUCCUCGUCGAAAGACUGACCCCCCUGAAGACGAAGUUGCAGGAACAAACAGGUUCUGUCGAUUGGAAUACGCUGAUUCUCCAGGCACAUGUUACAGCUGUAAACUUAGCUGCAAAUUCCUACUACGUUCCGGGGCUCAGUUCCAUGAGUUAUUUGAAUUACGGGGCUGCUGUUAGCGAGGUGGAAAUAGAUAUUCUGACUGGAGAAUCCAGAAUUUUGCAAACGGAUAUUAUAUAUGAUUGUGGACAGAGCUUGAACCCCGCUGUUGAUAUGGGACAGAUUGAAGGGGCUUUUGUUCAGGGAAUCGGGUUUUUUAUGCUAGAAGAGUAUCUUACAAAUGAGGAUGGACUGGUGGUUUCUGAUGGCACUUGGACAUAUAAGAUCCCGACAAUUGACACUAUCCCGGAACAGUUCAAUGUCGAUGUACUCAACAGUGGACAUCACCAAAACCGCAUUCUCUCAUCUAAAGCUUCAGGGGAGCCACCGCUUCUUCUGGCAGCUUCAGUCCACUGUGCAACGAGGGCAGCCAUCAAGGAAGCCCGAAAACAGCUCAAAGGUUGGGGCAAGCUAGACGGGCUCGAUUCAGACUUUCAUCUGGAGGUCCCUGCUGUGUUGCCUGUUGUGAAGACACAUUGUGGCCUGGAUUAUGCUGAGAAAUUCCUGGAAUUUUUGCUAGGGCAUUAAUCUAUAGCUCAACACUUUACCUAUGAUAGAUCAUAUAGUCAUAUAGAUAGAUGCCUGGAAGAUUUAAUAAAGUGCAAGCUGUAAUACAUUGAUUACAACAACAACAAUAUCAAUAAUUUGUAAUAGUUACAAUAGUGGCUUUGAUUGUUUGUAAAUGGACAGAGGAAUAAAUUUAUGAAAUUUUCAAUAUAUCCAUACUCCUUAAUUGGAGUAGUUGUUA